AAGGGAACGGACGCUCCAGUCUGCUGCUCGUUCCUUUCCGUGCGGCCAAGAUGUUCGUGGACGAUCGGAUAGUGUCUCUGUUCAAGAGGAACGCCCACCACACGUUGACUUACUGGAGUGUUUUCUUCAGCUUCGGACUGUGCAUCGCCUUCCUCGGGCCUACCAUUCUGGACUUGCAGUGUCAAACCAACUCCACGCUGAGCCAGAUUACGUGGGUGUUCUUCUCGCAGCAAUUCUGCUUGUUGAUCGGCAGCUCGGUCGCCGGCGUUUUCAAGAGGACGUUGUUCAGCGCUCUGUCCGCUUUAUUCGUCUCGGCGCUCAUCAUCUCUGUGAUAUUUUCCGUCAUCCCUUUGUGCAACAAUGUCCUGGUGCUGGCCAUUGCCAUGGCUGUGUCCGGUUUGGCCAUGGGACUCAUCGACACCAUUGCAAACAUCCAACUGGUCACCAUCUAUCAAAAGGACUCUGCUGUUUUCUUGCAGGCUCUCCAUUUCUUUAUUGGCUUCGGCGCCCUGGUGAGCCCUCUGAUUGCAGAUCCUUUCCUGUCGGAGCACGGCUGUGGGAAUCACACUGGGAACGGGACAGAGAUCAUGCAUCAUUUCAGGAACGUGCUGAGAAACAGUCCUAUUGCGGAGCACAACAUCACUCAGAACUACUUGCCCCACGGGGGGGGAGAGGAAGAGUCCAGUGUGCACUAUGCCUUCUGGAUCAUGGCCCUCAUCAAUCUGCCUGUGCCCCUCGCUGUGCUCUUCUUGAUGUAUCGGGAGCAGCUGAUACCAUGCUGCCCCAGAGGCACACCGCAACUGCUGGACAAAGAUGAACUGGCAAUGGAGAACCGGCAGGGAGCUGAGGGCACAGAAGUGGGGCAGGGAGCACAUGAAGCUGGAGGUCACGGGGAUAUCUUCAGCUGCUGUCACAAUGAUAACCUGCGCGGCUUGCCAGUAUCCUUCUUCAUGAUUCACAUCCUUGGUGGGAUGGUGCUCUUCAUGACUGAUGGUAUUGUGGGGGCAUACGCCGGUUUUGUGUACACGUAUGCCGUUGCAUCGCCCAUGUCCCUACCCCAUAAGACGGCAGGCUACUUAGCCAGCAUUUUCUGGGCGUCCAUCACCGCAGGUCGACUGCUGUCCAUACCUCUCUCGUACCGUUUCCAAGUUGUGAGACUGCUCAUGGUCAACCUGGCAGGUGCUAUUAUCACUGUGUUGCUGCUGCUGAUCUUCUACACCAGCAGUACGUUUUUGUAUGUCGGGACCUGUUUGUGUGGGCUUUUCCUCAGCAGCAUCUUCCCGUGCAUGCUUGCUUACACUGAAGACAUCCUCGAUUACCAAGGUUGCGCCACCUCAGUGCUGGUGACAAGUGCAGGAAUGGGAGAGAUGGUCAUGCAGGUUCUGGUUGGCUCAAUUAUCCAAACUGAAGGCAGCUAUAGCUUCCUUCUGUGUGGAGUGAUUAUCGCCAGCAUUGGUUUGAUCCUUUUUAUCGCUCUGCUGUUCUUCCAUCGGAUGCACAGAAACUAUCUCACAGGAACGACAAAAAAGUCCGCCAUGGUGGAGGAGGAAACGCCAGAAACCAAUGGAUUGCCCAAAGUCGAGCCAAAAGAGGAGGCGCAGAAGAGCUGAGAGUCGUGGCCACUGGCUUUUCUUCUUUACAUCAAAUCCAUACAUUUACCAAAAUGACUCUUAUGACUUUUAGUGUGCUGGAGCAAUAUGUACUGUAUAUGUAUAUAUAUAUAUAUAUAUAUAUAUAUAUUGCUAUGAGCAAUAUGGAUGGAUUUGAUCGUUUCAAUUGUGUGGAUCUAAUUAUUGAAUAAUGGCAUCUUGAUGCAUUGGAGGCAAAAUGGGGUGCAUUCUCAAGUUGGCUGUCUGAAGGCGCCCGGUCAAGUUUAUUCGCAUCGCCGAUAAUCACAAAAGAGUGAUUCUCACGAGAGCCACGUGACAUCAGCUAUGGCUAAUCCUUUGGCAGCAUUUCAGUUUUCUAUGCAACACUGGCAUCAAAACAGGAGUCCCUCUCUUCCCAUGAAAAAGAAUAUUCAAAUAACAAUCCAAGUAGUUUCUUGAAUUAUUCAUAUUCUGCCUUCUCCAUUGAGGGAAUAUUGUCAAAAGCCCAUCCCUAAUUUGCAAAGUUUUUUUUUUUAAAUGAGCUUUUUGAAACUUCUGGAAUACGUUUUUUUAUGUAACUGUAACUAGAAGAAGAAAAAGAAGCCACUUUUGGCUUUUCCCUGUCAAGGGUCACCACCGUGAGUCACUGGCAUGAUUUGUUUCCUGAUGCAACCCCCCCUCCCAGCCACUGGCCACUGGCAGUGGCACACUGACUGAGAAUCGAACCCACACCGUCUGCGUCAUGUAGCACAACACUACACAGAUCCUCUCCGACUGUAUAUAAGUGAAACACAGUAAUGAAAAUUCACGUUUGUUUGUUUUUAACCGCUUUGGCGCUAAUCUUAUGCGGUGAGGACUUUGUACUUGGUAAGAAAACGAAUAAGUCCAAUCAAUUUCUCCACAGAAGUACGACUGGUUCAUGUUUGCUGGAUGCAACUUCUUAGCAGCCAGUUCUUCUGCAGACAUCCAGAAGGGGGCAACAGAGAUUGCCAGAAAACCUCACGGUGAUAAGCCAUAGAAAUCACUAGAAGACGCAUAGGAAAGAAAUAUGUGCUCAUGCUACUUUAAAAAAAGAAAUCAUACCUUUAAAAAAGAAACAAAGAAAAGAAUUGUAAUACUUUCAUUCAAUAACUUGGAACCCAUUGAGUGCAAAGUCAGAAGAGAAGGAAUGAAAUACUCUGGCAAUUGAUUUGUUCGUCAAAACAUUCAAAGCUCCUAAUUGACUUUACUGAACUGUGUGUCAGUGAGUCAGUGGCAAUCCCAACUCGAAUGGCUCCCUGUGCAAAACCCAGGCACGUGCGCACAAUGGGAGCCACAAAAAAGACAAAAGUAGGUCUUUAACCUGUUAACACAAUCAAUACAGUCACUGAUGGUGCGGUGGUACACUCGCCUGACUUUGGGAAAUUGUUCAUACAAUUUAAAAAAAUCAGCUGGGAUAGCCUCCAGCGCCCCGUGACCCUAACCAGGAUAAGCGCCGUUGAAAAUCAAUACAAUAAAUGAUAACAUGUUUAACAAAGGGGAGUCGACACAGCCCUGUUCAAAUGAGAGGAUUUUGGAAGGAGGAGGAGGGGGGGCUGGGGUCAAGGCGGGAGCACGUGUGCAAUUCUCCCAAGGACUAAAAUAAAUGCUGGUCAGAUUUCAAAACACUUUAGUCAAAUUGAUGACAGAGAGGGUCAUUUUUCUUUUAAAUAUUGGUGAAGAAAAAAAAAGAGCUGCACCAAAAAGCCCUUUUUGGCUCAGGGCAAAAGGGCUGGUGCUUGAGCACCACCGAAUGGCUAUGUGUGCACAUGCCCGGUUGGGGAAAAAAAAAAAAACCCCUUCGGCGUGUUAGCGACUUGUUACAUGUUCUGCGAUCAUUUUGUUUGUACAGCGGGUGAGGUUAGUGGUCUGGUGGCGGAAAUGGCAGUUAGGAUAGCAAACUGUUUCACUUAGCAAUAUUUUCUAUUCUAUCCUGUGCAGCCUCACAUAAUGGGGAGAAAAGAAGAAACCUUGAGAAAGGACCACAGAUGGAGGGAUUCCCUUUCAGGAUGAACAAGCCACAAUGGAUGUCGAGCGGGCGACAUUGAUCAACGCUAUCAAGCCCUUUAAACAGCUGAAAACAAAAGUGCUGGAGACAGAUAAAAGAAUCACAUUUCAGAAAUACAAACAAUUUAAGAUAAGCAAUGAAAACAAAAGAACAAUAAAACCACGAAAGUCCUGAGUCUUAAGCUGGGCUGAAAGCCACAGAAUAAAAAUGUGCUUUAAAACACAUAAUACGGUGCUGAACAACGUUAAUUAAGACGGCAUUAGACUCCAUUUAAGGAGAUAAAGCAGCACAGGUCAUUGCCUUCAGGCAAGCGGUUCUUCAUCGGGACCUGGCCUGGUCGGUGGGAGCAGAAUCCUCCACGGCAAGGCUUCCGGGGAAGACCGUGUCCCAGUCGGUCGAUGCGGAAUCCAGCAAUGGCCACCUAGCCCCCGCUCGAAGCAGGAGCGGAGGGCGGAAGAGAGACGAGAAGCUGCAGCAUAACAGUCCUGAAUGCCGCCAAUAUGUCUUAAAUGGAGAUGGGAACAUUUCGACUCAAAUAUCUGCAGUUUGUACCGACGGCAGGCUUUUAAUGCUAGACAUGGGAAGACUAGAAAGCAGCACAUUACAAGAGUCAUGGCGAGAUUAACAAAUGCACCGACUGUGAUCUGUGUGUCAUUAGCGGAGAGAAUGGGCAAUAUAUCAAAGAAGAUGCUGUUUUGUUCAUGUUCUUCAUGUGGAUUUGAAAGGAGAGCGUCGAGUCAAAUAGAAGAGAGAUUUUUGGUUGAGUCACUUUGGGAAACGGUGAGCAAGGCAGUGCGACUGAUUCGUGGCGGGAGUAAUUACGUCUGUACGAAAUCAUAUAUAUAAUGCAAAAGAAAGGUCAGUCUGGGCAGUUGACAUGAUAAUACGAGCCGGGCACGCCGCAGGGCCCGGGGUGGCGUCGUGCAUUGACAUCGGAGGGACGGGUGGGAGCGGGAGUACGUCGUGAAUACUGGCUGUCAUGCCGGUCCGGUCGGUGUGUGUAGAGAGGACAACACACAACAUUGACACGUUUUGGGUUGGGACUCGGUGCACACACAUUAUAAGGCGCCACGUCACAUUUUGGAGGAAAUGUAAGACUUUGAAGUGCGCCUCUGGUCGUGAAAAUAGGGUCAUUUACAGCCUUUGUGUUUCAGAAUGGACACGCAACGAUUGCUUUCGAUCGUGCGAUGAACACAAUUCGUGUUCUCUUUUCCCAAGCAAGACAACAGCAAACGUUUUCUCAAAGGAUGCCUUUAAUGUCAUCAAAUAUUUAGCAGUCAUUGCAGAAUCCAUUUGUAACGGGAUCAGCUUUGAGUUGUGUUGCUUUUCUCACCGAGAUCAAUUUCAAGAGCUUCAUUCAAACUGGCAUUGUGAGUGCCUUAGCUGCCCUCAUCUCCGUUUCUUGUCAACGUCCCCUUGCUGUUCUUGCUGGGGAAUGAAGAACCUCAAACUGAUAUGACACAACUACAGACGAUCACUGACAAUUGGCCGAAGCUCAUCCACUGAACAUUUUCAGUUUUGAUAACACAUUUGAUUGAGUGCGGUCAUAAAACCUGCACUUGGCUUAUGACUUCGCACAAUAAAGCCCUCGCUGCCCGAAACUUUAGGACAGCUGGAUUGUAUUA